UAACGGUGAUCGGAAAGCAGUAGCUAAGUGGCUUGUACAAGUAGUUUCCACCCAUUAUCAUAUCUCUCCGAUUUCAGACAGGCGUGCCGAUACACACAAACACAAAUUCAAAUCUCACUCUCUGUUCCUCGCACAAUAUUUGAGAUCAUCAUGGCUUCUUUGCUUCUAUCUCUCAACAAUAUUCCGGCCAAGCCAACCCUCUCACCUCUUUCUCAAGGCCUCCUCCCAAGAUAUUACAACCUCAAGAAAUCCGAAAAUCUCCUCCUUCCACGCAAACCCUUCACACCAAAAUGCUUGUCAUCAGUCUCAAGUAGUUUAAGCCCACUGUCGUUGGAUGAUCAGCCUGGAGAAGCCCCAGUUUUCGAGGAAGAGGAUGAUCAUCAGCAGCCUCUUUCUCAAGUUUGGAAGGAAAUUCAAGGCUGUAAUAACUGGGAAGGACUCCUAGACCCCAUGAAUUCCCACCUCCGGCGAGAAAUCAUCCGGUACGGAGAAUUCGCACAAGCCUCCUACGACUCCUUCGACUUCGACCCUCACUCCAAGUACUGCGGCACGUGCAAAUACCAAGGAGCACACUUCUUCGAAAAGCUCGACAUGGCCGACAGAGGCUACAACAUCAGCCGCUAUUUGUACGCAACUUCGAACAUCAACCUCCCAAACUUCUUCCAAAAGUCCAAGAUUAGCAGCGUGUGGAGCAGACAUGCCAACUGGAUGGGCUAUAUCGCAGUGACCACCGACGAGGAAGAGAUCAAACGGCUAGGACGGCGCGAUAUUGUCGUCGCCUGGAGAGGCACUGUAACGUACCUGGAAUGGAUAUCCGAUCUCAAAGAUAUUCUCCACCCGGCUAACUUCGGGAACGACCCAUCGAUCAAAAUAGAGUCUGGGUUUUACGAUUUGUACACCGAGAAGGAGAACAACUGCAAGUAUUGCUCGUUUUCAGCCCGCGAACAAGUUCUAGCCGAAAUCAAGCGACUUCUUGACUACUAUAGAGGGGAAGAAAUCAGUCUCACAUUCACCGGGCAUAGUCUUGGCGCGGCUUUGGCGAUAUUAAGCGCUUAUGACAUAGCCGAGAUGAGACUAAACGUUGUACGUGAUGCCGGUGACGGCGACUAUGCGCCCAAGAUUCCGAUCACAGUGUACUCCUUCUCGGGUCCUCGAGUGGGCAACCUUAGGUUUAAGGAACGGUGUGAUGAGCUCGGAGUUAAGGUUCUAAGAGUCAUCAAUGUCCAUGACAAGGUUCCCGCAGUGCCCGGGAUUAUUGCAAACGAGAAGCUCCAUUUUCAGAAGUACAUAGAGGAUACCAUAUCUUUUCCAUGGAGUUAUGCGCAUGUUGGCGUGGAACUUGCGUUGGAUCAGACUCACAGCCCAUUUCUAAAGCAAACUAAUGAUCCUGGUUGUGCGCACAAUUUGGAAGCACUUCUACACUUGGUGGACGGCUACCACGGCAAGGGGCGGCGUUUUUGCUUGGUGACGAAGAGGGAUAUUGCUCUUGUCAACAAAUGCUGUGAUUUCUUGAGGGGUGAGUACGGCGUGCCGCCGCACUGGCGGCAGGAUGAGAACAAAGGGAUGGUGAGGAGUGGCGAUGGGCGGUGGGUUUUGCCGGAGAGGCCUAGAGUGGAGGCCCACCCACCAGACAUGGCCCACCACCUUGAACAAGUGCUUAAGCUUGCUCGUUCUGAUCAUGAAAAUGAAUAAGCCUGCACCUCCAUUAAUUUUUUUAUGGGAACUCACUAUCAAACUUGACUCUACGUGCUAUUUGAGGGUGGGCGAUCCACCUCCAUGGGGUGGUUCAGCCACCCAUAAGUUUUUUUUUUUAAUAGUAAUUGUAAAUAUAUAUAUACAUUUAAUUGGUUUGAAAAAAGUUUGAGUUUGGUUGAAAAUAAAUUGAGAAAUGAUAUGAUCAA